CUUAAAACUAGGGAUUUUAGAUUUGUGUCCUUUCUCACAACGUCCGAUUUGUAUAUUUUUUUGUAGAUAAAUAUAAUUUAUAAGUACCUUUAUAUAUUUUUAAUGAUUAUUUAUGACUUACAUCCGGUAUUGUAUUUGGUUCGGGAAGGUGAAUGCCGCCGAUUUCUAUGAAAUUGGGUGGCAUUGGUCUGGCCGGUUCGACGAUGAAAUGGCUGUUUGCAAACACCAAGGACGGCUUGACCGGUUCUAUAUAGUCGUACGGUCUAGGGUUGGACUUCGUGGCUCUUGUUUCAAAAUACCACAACAUAAUUCUGCUGUAUUUGUAGGUGAGAAAGUUGAGCAACCGUUGAUGGAAUGUCUUUGGGUAGCCGAAUGACAACAUGAAAUUUGACACACACGCAGGGUUUGGAUCUUCACCCAGAAACGACGCCUCCAAUUUUUUACAUGAAACGACAAGUAUACCUCACAAUUAUUCGUUUUGUCGCUCAGUUGAAGUUCAGUUCAUAGUUGUUAGAUACAAUGGUCUUCAAAUUCACUAUUUUGAUACUGUCUUGUGUCAUGGUUGAUAAUUGUCUAUCGGAUCUAUCCGAUAAAGAAGUUAUAGAAAACGCUUUUAAUUUAGCUUAUGACUAUUUCGAUUUGAAACAACUCGCUGGCGGUUUUGUAACACACAAAAAAUAUCUCAAACAGUUCGAUUUUUUUAUUUUUAUGGGCAAACACGACGAUUUGCAAUGUAUAAAAAAUUAUUGGGUAGCGAGACCGGAUCUACCAAAAAGCAAAAUUCAGAUAGAUUUGAAGGAGUUUACGGAAGUUGUGUAUUGUAUUUGCAAAGCACGACAUUUUGUAGUAAAAAAGUUCGUUGAUGAAAUGGUAGCAGCAGCUGAGGUUGUAAAAGAGGCUUUUGUAUUCGUUUAUCAAUACUACAACGUUGAAACAAGACAUGCUACUCAGUCCGAUAUUUUAAAUUUUUUGGGUAAUGAUGACAAAACUGUACAUUGUGUAAAUGAAUAUUGGACAGUGAAUUUAGUUUCGCAAAAAAAACAAGAUAUGAUAUAUUUGGAGCAAUUUGCGGGCAUUGUGUAUCGGAUUUGCGCCGAACGACAACUAGCUGUAAACAAAUUCCUUGAAGACAGGAUAGCAGCAGCUAAGCUUAUAAGAGACGCUUACCGUCUCGCUUAUGCCCGUUAUGACACUAGGGAUGGUGAUGAUCGUCUUAGUCGGUCCGAUCUUUUAGAUUUUGUGGGUAAAGACGACGGUAAUUCAACAUGUGUAAAUGACAAUUGGCCAGCGGAAUCAGCUCCACAAGAAACAGAUUCGACAGAAUUUAAGAAGUUCACGAACGUUGUGUAUUGUGUUUGCUCAAUACAAAAAGUUGAUCUAGUGGACUUCCUUCGCGGCCGAAUGGAAAUAUUAGAUUAAAAAACCACUAAACAAUCUGUGUAAGCAAUAUGAUAUCCGUUUUGUUUCAUUUA